AUGAUCGAAUUUGAACAGUACUUUUCAAUUCAGAUCUUCUUUAUCAUCUUGAGAGAGACAUUGGAGACCGCUAUCAUCAUCUCGGUUCUCUUGUCGUUCAUAAACCAACGUUCCCACAAACAACCAGAACUCACCGAGGACUCAUCGCCCGAACAGCAUGCUGCCCAUACCCAUUUGCAAAAAGUGCAACGCAAGUUGAAACUCCAAGUAUGGAUCGGUGCUAUUCUUGGACUAGUCGUUUGUUUCAUCAUUGGGUUAAUUUUCAUUAUUAGUUUCUACUUUAUCGGUAAGGACUACUGGUCAUAUACCGAACGAGUAUGGGAAGGUGUAUUUUCCCUCUUGUCUAGUAUAAUUAUUACCAUCAUGGGGAUUAGUUUACUCCGGAUUAACAAAGUCAUGAAGAUCAAGUGGUGGAUCAAAUUAGGUGAUGCAUACAAUAAUGAUAUCAGUGAAGAAGGCGAAGAGGAGAUUGCCAAGUUGGGUGAUGACGAUAUUGAAGAAGAUAGCAUAGCUGAAAACGCUAGCACCAGAUCCCACACCCACAGACAAUCAUUCACAAAACGUUACUUUCUUGCCAUACUUCCAUUAGUCACCACGCUUCGUGAAGGUCUUGAAGCCGUGGUUUUCGUAGGGGGAAUCGGUAUGUCGCAACCACCAACAUCUCUUCCACUUGCCAUCAUAUCGGGAAUCACACUCGGUCUGAUCAUCGGGUACACUCUCUAUCGAGGCGGGAACAAACUCUCCCUUCAAUAUUUCCUUAUCUUCCUGACAUGCUUCCUUUACACCGUGUCGGCCGGAUUAAUGUCACGAGGCGUCUGGUUCUUGGAAUUGGAAAAGUAUGUACGUGCUUGUGGUGGAUUGGACGUUAGUGAAACUGGAAGUGGUCCUGGUAGUUAUGAUGUCGCCACUAGUGUAUGGCAUGUCAAUUGUUGUAAUGGGUUGAAAGACGGGUGGUGGAUGGUGGCUAAUGCUCUUGUUGGUUGGACUAAUUCUGCCACCUACGGUAGUGUCAUUAGCUAUUGCUUGUAUUGGUUGUUUGUUAUUGUAUGGUUGGAAGUCAAGUUGUAUGAAGAAAGACACGGUGUUGUUCCUCUUGUUCCUGUCAAAUGGCAGAUCAAGAGAAUCAAGAAGAAGAUUAGACUAUAUGAAAUGAGAAACCAACAAGAACAGCAGCACGAGCAUGAACUUGAGAGCCAACCAAAUAACAACGGAGGUGGAAAUGGAGAUGGAGAUGAAGCCGAAGCUUUGUUAGGUUCAUCGUAA